AUGGGAUCACCCGUGAAAGCUGCAAAUCUUUCCAGAAAGCGUAAAUUGAAUGACGAUUUCUUUAGUGAUCCACGUCCUGAACAUUUAAGAAACAAAGCUGGAUACCCUGACAGACAUGACUACUUAGAAAGACCUUUCACAGAAUACUGGGUAGAACAAGCUGUUGAUGUAACCGCAGAUGAAAUGUUUGCAAUUAAGGAGAGGACUCGUGGACAAGCCAGCUCCAAAAACUGGUUUAAGGAAAGAUCAUGGCGGAUCACAGCAUCUCGUUUUGGGGAUAUCUGUUUAGCUACAGACAGGAGGAAUAAGCAGAAACUCUGUGAAUCCAUCCACCAGCCAUCUGCUGCUCUGCUUCGAAGCGAAGCUCUAAUUCAUGGUCGUACCUAUGAGGCGCGUGCUAAAAGGAACUUCGAGAGGGAAACGGGAAGAAGUGUAAGAAGAUGUGGCCUCUUGUUGAUAAAGAAAGAUCUUACUUGGGUGCAUCACCAGAUGGCCUUGUUGGGAACGAAGCACUUAUAGAAGUGAAAUGCCCUUUUGCGGGUCGCAACGAAAAAAUCCAACCUGGGAAGCACUUUCCAUUUUUGACAAG